CGUUGAGGAAGAAAAAGACACAAGAUCGGAUUACAAGAUGGCGCUCUGUGGACGCUAGUGAAGAGGCCGACGUAGUUGUUGUGUCCUCACUGUGAAUUUUACUGUCAGAUAUUCGGCCUUCUGCGGGAAUAGUUAAACAUUUUCACUAUAGUAUGCUGGCGAAUUAGGGUGAAGUUUUCGCUUAUUAUCGUGAAUAACGUUCUCAUACAUAUGUCUGGAACAUGCGGGUAGAAACAAAGUUUACAGCUCGAGGAUAAAACACUAUUUUAGAGAGAGGGUGAAGUAGCUCUUCAGCUAGCUCGCUAGCGUCUCCUCUCUACUAGGCAACCAUGUCGGAUACUCGGCGGCGAGUGAAAGUAUACACUCUGAAUGAAGACAGACAGUGGGAUGACAGGGGCACUGGACAUGUAUCGUCAACAUUUGUGGAACGACUGAAGGGAAUAUCAUUAUUAGUUCGGGCUGAAUCUGACGGCUCACUUCUUUUGGAGUCUAAAAUCAGCCCAAAUACUGCAUAUCAGAAACAACAAGACACCCUCAUUGUUUGGUCAGAAGCAGAGAACUACGAUUUGGCUCUCAGUUUUCAGGAAAAGGCUGGCUGCGAUGAAAUCUGGGAGAAAAUUUGUCAGGUGCAGGGAAAGGACCCUGCCCUGGAAAUCACCCAGGACCCCAUCGACGAGUCAGAGGAGGAGCGCUUCGAGGAGAUGCCAGAGACGAGCCACCUGGUGGAGUUGCCCGUGUGCGAGCUGACCCGCCUGGAGGAGAUUGCAGACCUGGUGACCUCGGUCCUCUCCUCACCCAUCCGCAGGGAGAAGCUGGCCCUGGCUCUGAUGAGCGAGGGCUACAUCAAGAAGCUGCUCCAACUCUUCCAGGUGUGCGAGGACUUGGACAACCGGGAGGGACUCCACCACCUUUAUGAGAUUGUGCGUGGGGUGCUGUUCCUCAACAAAGCGGCACUGUUCGAGGUGAUGUUCUCAGAUGACUGCAUCAUGGACGUGGUAGGCUGCCUGGAGUAUGACCCAGCACUGGUGCAGCCUAAACGUCACCGCGAGUUCCUCACAAAGACGGCCAAGUUCAAGGAGGUGAUCCCCAUAACGGACUCAGAACUGCGGCAGAAGAUCCACCAGACGUACCGGGUGCAGUACAUCCAGGACAUCAUCCUGCCCACGCCGUCCGUCUUCGAGGAGAACUUCCUGUCUACCCUCACCUCCUUCAUUUUCUUCAACAAGGUGGAGAUUGUCAGCAUGCUGCAGGAGGAUGAGAAGUUCUUAACGGAGGUCUUUGCGCAGCUAACAGACGAAGCCACAGAAGACAGUAAAAGGAGGGAGCUAGUGAACUUUUUCAAAGAAUUCUGUGCUUUCUCACAAACUUUGCAACCGCAAAAUAGGGAUGUUUUCUUCAAGACUCUGGCAAACCUGGGCAUACUUCCUGCUCUUGAAAUAGUCAUGGGCAUGGAUGAUCUGCAGGUGAGGGCGGCCGCAACAGACAUCUUCUCCUACCUGGUGGAGUUCAGCCCCUCCAUGGUCCGAGAGUUUGUCAUGCAGGAGCCUCAGCAGACAGACGACGUGAGUAGAGACAUGGCUGCUGUUUGUGUCGACACACACAAACCAGGGUUUUCUUUAACAUCUGGAUGUGGCCUGACUGACGGCAUGUGUGUUCCUCAGGACGUGCUGCUGAUAAACGUGGUGAUCAAGCAGAUGAUCUGUGACUCUGACCCUGAGCUGGGAGGAGCUGUGCAGCUGAUGGGGCUGCUUAGAACCCUGAUCGACCCAGAGAACAUGCUGGCCCCCACCAACAAAACAGAGAAGACUGAGUUUCUGAGUUUCUUCUACAAGUACUGCAUGCAGGUCCUCACGGCUCCUCUGCUGGCCAACACCGCAGAUGAGAAGAACUCUAAAGAUUUACCAGAGGGUUCCACUAAGAUCAACCCAGUGUGUCCAGAUAAUUUCCAGACGGCCCAGCUUCUGGCGUUGAUCCUGGAGCUGCUGACCUUCUGUGUGGAGCACCACACGUACCACAUCAAGACCUACAUCAUGAACAAGGACCUGCUCAGGAGAGUCCUGGUGCUCAUGAACUCCAAACACACCUUCCUGGCCCUCUGUGCCCUGCGUUUCAUGAGGAGGAUCAUAGGACUGAAGGAUGAGUACUACAACCGCUACAUCAUCAAAGGGAAUCUGUUUGAGCCCGUCAUCAACGCCCUGCUGGACAACGGCACCAGGUACAACCUCCUGAACUCGGCCAUCAUCGAGCUAUUCGAGUUCAUCAAGGUGGAGGACAUCAAGUCUCUGAUCGCCCACAUCGUGGACAACUUCUACAAAACCCUGGAGACCAUCGAGUACGUCCAGACCUUCAAGGGGCUGAAGGGGCGAUACGAGCAGGAGAAGGACAGGCAGACACAGAGGCUCAACAGCCGGUACCGCAGGGAUGCACGCUCACUGGACGAAGAUGAGGAGAUGUGGUUCAACGACGACGAGGAUGAUGAAGAGGGCGAGGCCGUGGAGAAGAGCAGGCCAGAAGAAGACUUCCCCGAGAGCUACGGAAAGUAUAUGGAAGCCAAAAAAGUUAAAGAGAGUGAGGACAAAGAGAACUUCCCAAAGCGGACCCAGACUGGAAGCUUUAAGUUUACCUUGUCUCAUUCUGCAGGGGCUGCCAACGGAACCAACGGUGCCAACGGCAAACCGGCCGCCACCUCCCCCUCCUCCGCCGCCACGCCCAACAACGGCUCCUCAGCCAAGACGGCAGCGCUGCCCAGCCCGCCGGUGGUCAAGACCGGGCUGGUCGGCCUGGUGGAUUAUCCCGACGACGAAGACGAGGAGGACGAGGACGAAGAGCAGUCGCCGCGGAAACGGCCACGACUGGGGUCAUAAGCGGGCAGGGCGCGUGGAUGGAGUCGUCCGGUCUUUGGUCGGCUAGCCUGCCGGUGCCACUGUCUGUCACACAGUCCCCCGCUGCUGGAGAGAGACAGAGAGACCACUUCCCAACUCCUCCGUUCUCUUCCCCUCUCACUGACCCUACCCUCCCAGCUCAGCCCCUCGCCCCAACACACCCCCACCCCUUUAUUCUCCCUUCGGUACCCAGCCCCCCCAACCCCUCCCCCACUACCUGGCCUGUGGACCAGAGAGGCUGAACAACAGUGCCAAGGUGUCUUCCUGCUCUGUCGCCACGACAACAGGGGGCGCUGCACUCACUUGACUCACCUCCCCCCCCUAGCGCCCCCCCCAGACCUCAGCCAAUGGCUCCAUGGUGGAAGAGGAAGCAGCAGGGGCUGAUGGGAGAGAAGAACCAGCCAGCCAGCCAGUCAGGCUAGCAGGCCUAGCCGCUUAGUAAUGGAAGCUUGAUUGGCUGAAUGUGUGACCCCCUUACAAUUACUGUUCAUUUGGGUUGGAUGGAGAGAAAUAGGUAGACAGAUAUUCAGAGACAGGGAGAGAGAGAGGGAGCACGUAAGUGGGGUAACAAACGACCAUAAAAGAAAAGGACAACUAACUAACCGUCAGAAAACAACAAGUGGCUGGGUUCUGAGGAGUAGGACUCGAGCGUGGAAGCAGGGGCCAGCCAAGGCUCAAACACACAUGGGACUAUUUCAGCCAGGAAUCCUGUACUCAUGAGUUUAUGAAAAGGACUGUACAGAUGUUAAUUUCUUUUUUCUUUUUAAUCAUUUGCCCCUUAACUGAUUUUAAAAGGGGAGAGCUAUACCUGCCAGUGUGUUCUUUUGUUUUUUUUUGUUGCACAGAAAAGGUGGGGCCACCAUUCAACUCUUUUAAUUCGAUCAUUUGAUCCAUUGUAGAAAGCAAGAGUUGCAAAUGCUGUUUUUAAAAAUAACAUGUAAUAAACUGCAGUAAAGUCACUUUUUGCAGCCCACUCUU